GUCCACUUUCCGGUGCCAACCCACCACCACCACCACAACUUCAUACAGACCCCUCUGACCCCUUUCCCUUUCUCACUUGCACACCGCAAGCCCGUCUCCCCUGGCGAUGUUCGCGAAGGCUUCCUCCCUCAUGACUGCCUUCGUGUGCUCUUCUCCCAGGGUAAGAGGACAACUGCGCAUGUGGCCAAAUAUGAGAAAACAUUGGUUUGGGAAGGAUCUAUUGUAUGGUAUUGGAACCUUUGUUGUCAGACCGAUCAAAAUCUUGCGCGGAGUUAAUCAGCUAUUGGGUGUCCCACCCUUCUGCACUAUUAGCUGUCUGCAAUCCUCAUUGCAAAUUGAAUUGGUACCCUGCCUUCAAGAUAAUUAUGCAUAUCUUUUGCAUGAUGUAGAUACAGGUACAGUUGGUGUUGUUGAUCCUUCAGAAGCUGUGCCUGUUAUAAAUGCUCUAAAACGUAGGAAUCAGAACUUAACAUACAUACUGAAUACUCAUCAUCACUUUGAUCAUACUGGUGGAAACUUGGAACUGAAAUCAAGGUAUGGUGCAAAGGUCAUUGGUUCAGCUAAAGAUAGAAACAGAAUUCCUGGCAUAGACAUAUCCCUACAUGAUGGGGAAACAUGGAUGUUUGGAGGACACGAGGUGCUUGUGUUGGACACUCCGGGGCAUACAACAGGUCAUGUAAGCUAUUACUUUCCAGGAUGUGGAGCCAUAUUUACAGGGGAUACCUUGUUUAGCUUAUCGUGUGGCAAACUUUUUGAAGGAGAUCCAGAUCAGAUGCUUUCUUCACUUCAUAAAAUCACUUCCUUACCAGACGAGACAAUUGUAUAUUGCGGUCAUGAGUACACUCAGAGCAAUAGUAAGUUUGCCUUGUCCAUAGAGCCCAACAAUGAAGCACUCCAGGAAUACGCAGCACAUGUGGCUCAGCUGCGCAGUAAAAGGCUUCCAACGAUUCCUACAACAAUAAGGAGAGAAAAGGAAUGUAAUCCAUUUCUCCGCACGUCCAGUCUGGAGAUUCGAAAGAAUUUGAAUAUCCCAUCAACUUCAACUGAUGCACAAGCUUUGGGUAUUAUUCGUCGAGCAAAGGAUGACUUUUAAUGCAUCCGUUUGUUGAUUGCUGACAGGUCUGUAUUGCCUGAAAAAUUGUAUUCUUUAAAUGUUUUCUCUGAUGUCCUACCAUGUAUAAGCUUUUCUUAUGUAUGAUUUUCUCUACCAAUGAAGAAAAUGUUCUGAGGAAAUGCUCUUUUUGUCAUGAAUCAAAUAGAUUGUCACACCUCUUGAUCCGACA